AUGUCAGACCAACACUCAGAGUGCCCUGCUGGGCUGCAGCGGAGAUCCGUGGUCUCCUCUUUUAUCUUCUCUGUUGCGAACGGAUGUCCUCGCGUCGCCCUUUUUAGAAGAAGUGACAAAGUCAGGACAUACCGCAAUCAUCUUGCACCCAUUUCGGGAGGUAUAGAGCAGCAUGAAUUGCCCAUCACGGCAGCCUGGCGCGAGCUCAAGGAAGAAACAGGGUUAACAUCCAAAGACAUGGCGCUUUGGCGCCACGGAAAACCCUACACUUUCAGUGACUCAUCGGUGGGGCGUCAGUGGACCAUCUAUCCAUUCGCAUUCCGUCUCAAAGGACCCGACGAGGGAGGCAGCGGGGAAGCAGCCAUCAAGAUUGACUGGGAGCAUGAGGGAUGGUCCUGGUACGAUCCAAACCAAGUCGUGGAUGACGGACACUUCGGCGGUGUGCCCCGUCUAGCCGAGAGUUUACGCCGGGUCUGGUUCGAGAUGGGGAUGAACGACGAUGCGAGCAGAGCAUUGCGGUCAGGACUCGAGCAAUUAAAGACGGACCACUCGAGCGGGUCUCACGAGUUGACCUCGAUCGCCCUCAAAGCGUUCCGGGAUGUGCUCGCGCAUUUAGAAGACGAUCCGAAAUGGUGGGAGACCACUCGUAUCGCCGCGUGGCAUCUAUGGAAAAAUGGCCGCGAAAGCAUGGGAUCAGCCACCUUGAAUGCCUUGCUUGCGGUCCUGGCCGAUAUCGACAAGAUCACGAGCCAGAAAUCCGAGAAGCCUCAAUGGGAUCGCAUACUUACAGUGGUCGAUCACCACUUGGAGCGUCGCCGCGAGACGGCCUCGCAUAUCAAAGACGCUUUCAAUGCUUAUUUGCAGGAGGAGUACCUCCCAGUCUUUCGGGAACAAGGAAAAAAUACACUCACGCUACUCACAUUAUCUGCCAGCUCGACGAUUCGAGACAGCAUCUUAGAUGCAUUUGCGUCCCUACCUAUAUCAAUAUCACAUUUGGACUUGCGGGUUCUUGAAUCGAGGCCUCUCUUCGAAGGAGCCAGCAUGGCAUCAUCUCUACUCUCGGGGUUCGAAUCCAAGUUCUCACCAUCAUCGGGCAGGCAUUUGACGCUCAGUGUAUACACUGAUGCCUCGGUGGCUCUUGCGGCCAAGGACGUGGACUUUGUUCUGCUUGGAGCAGACCGAAUCGCCAGCUCAGGGUCCGUCAGUAAUAAAACGGGGUCUUUGCCAGCUGUUCUCUGUGUCAAGCAUAUGAGCUCGAGUGUGCAAGUGCUUGUCUUUGGUGAGUUGGAAAAGGUCGCAGAGCCCGGAGCUGAAGAUGAUCAUCAGCCCGAGGAGAACGACCCGAUGGAGGUGAUGAGUGCUUGGGUUGAUUGUGGUAUCAAAGGUGUGAAUGUCCUACAAGAAGGACUUCGAGGUGGCCAUCCAGAGACUUCCAGCAGCCACGUGGAAGUCAAAAACGUCUACUUUGAGUGGGUGAAGGCUGAUCUUGUCGAUGCUUUCAUCACUGAAGAUGGGACGCUGGGUGUGACUGAUAUCUACCAGAGGGCGCUGAAGGUGAAGCAGAGAGCCGAUCGAUAUCUGGGUCCUCUGUAG